ACCAUGGGAGACCAGCCCUAUGAUGCCCUGGGGUGCUGUAAUCAAGACCAAGAAAGCCCCCAGGACACUGAGGACUUCCUCCUCCUGCUUCUGGGCCUGAUCAUUCUUGUCAACAUUGGGGUCAACAUGGCAACUGUGAUGUGGCAUAGGUUCCGGAAUGUCUUAGACAAGAUCUUUUGGAUUAAUCAGAGAAAUGCCUUCCGGUCUGAUCCAAACUUUCCCGAAGAUCCGUGUCAGAGCCCAGCCAGGGAUGUCCACAUUCACUGCACCCUGGACCCUGUUGAGGUGAAAAUGACCCAGUCCACCCACUGCUCUUCCUCUUCCUAUCACCUUGGCAACCACCUCCACAACUUCCCUCUCUGCCGAAGACGCCCCCGGCGCAGGCGCCGCAGACGCCGGGACCACCACUACCACGGCCGCCACCCCUGCGGCCACCAGCAAAGGCCUGGGAACUACAGACCGUUCCCCCAUGGUCACCCAGUGUUCAGUGGCCUGCAUCACAGGCACCAGCCGUCACCCCUGCAGCCCAGGCCUUGCUUGGGCAGGGAGGAUCAGGACUCCUACCCGGAGGAAAACACCCAGGAUGACCGGCCACACCCCACGCACCCACCAGGGGGCUGGAGAGGACUCUAUCCCAGGUUGGGCCUGCCUUCCAGGCCAGGCCUGUGGAGCCAACAGAACCGCAUCCUGGCUAGUCUGCCUCCACCCUCAGUCUACAUGUCCCCUGAGCUGCGUCGCAUACCCAAGCGAGUGGAGGCCAAGUCUGAGCUGAGGCUGCAGACCUUUGGCCCCCGUUGCUCACAAUCCCACGUUUGGGGCAACGUGGAGGCUGAACACUGGGCCUCCACUCCUCAACCGACGUGCCGCCUGCCCCCCACCCCCGCCUGGGUCCCUGGGGGACAUAGCCCUCAACCCUCUCGGGGUCACCUAAUCUAUGACUCCUGGGAGCAGCGGCGGAGAGGUCUAGAUUGCCCUGAGCCGCCCCCCCUGGUACCCCGGAGCUCAACCCGACCCGAAGCCCAGGGCUACCGGGAUCACUAUUCCCCACAGUCCCACCGGCGGGCUCACCCUAGCCACGCUUAUAGCCAGCCCAACCGCAGCCCCCACCCAUCCUCAGGACACUUGCCAUAUAGCUCUCGGGAGCCCCAUGAGGCUCGGCGCCGGGUGGCCGAGUGGACUGAAACACUGCCCGGUCGGCAUCUUCUGACCACCUCUACCUCCCUCACCAUGUUGGGUGAGGUCUCCUGCCACCGGGGCCCAGCCCCUGGCUCGACCCUGCUCCAUCACACCUCCCAGCCCUUGUCUGUGGCCCAGGCGGAGCCUGCCCCAACCCCAACCCCCUUCAUCCCACUCAGCCGGAGCCCGGGGGGCAAUACCAACUACCAGGUGUACGACAGCCUGGAGCUGAAGAGACAAGUGCAAGAGGGCCGAGUCCGGGCCAGCUCCUUGCCACCACCUUCCACCUCAGCCUCCAGGCCCUCUCUGCACCAUAGCCGGGCUGGGAGACUUAGCUGACCAGCA